AUGAUGAAGGCCAUGAGGCUCGGCUUUCUCGCUCUAUCCAUGGCCUGUGUAUCGGCCGCCGCACCGUACACUGGCGGUGAUACAUCCGGCUGUGGAAAGACUCACUGGUUCAACGGCAUCACACAGAACCGAUCCAUCCAGUCAAGCGGCAUGGAACGCAGUUAUUCAAUCCACGUCCCGUCGAACUACUCCGAGAAUCAACAAUAUCCGACCAUUCUUGGCUUCCACGGAUCCGACAGCAUUGGCUUCUUCUUCGAGGUAGACACUGGGUUUGACAGUGAACAGUUUACUGGCGACAAGAUCAUGGUGUAUCCAAACGGACUGGGCGGAGCCUGGGCUGGAGCAAACUAUUCCGAGGCCACAGUCGAGCAGGACCUGCAGUUUGUCUGGGACAUGCUGGUCGACUUAAGGCAGAACUAUUGCAUCGACAGCGCCCGGAUCUACGCGACCGGCAUGUCAAUUGGCGGAGGAUUUGUCGACACCAUUGCCUGCAAUGCGACGGUCGGCGGCGAGUUUGCGGCUUUUGCGCCUGCAUCCGGGUCUUUCUAUACCGACAAUGACUCAAAUUACGAGGCAUGCGAGCCUGCUCGUGUGCCUGUGCCGAUUCUCGAGUUUCACGGUGGCGCGGACACUGAUGUGCCAUACGACGGGGGCGAGGGCGAGGGUGGCAUUGAGCCCUCUAUUCCCAACUGGCUCAGUCGAUGGGCGCAACGCAACCAGUGUGAUGAGCCCUACCAGCAGGAAGACCUGUUCGACAACGAUGUUCAUCAUCUGAGCUGGACAUGCGGCGGCCAGGAGGGCGUUAUACAACACUACAAGACUGACGACCAGAAACAUGAUUGGGCUUCACCGGACAUCAACUUUUCACAAAUCGCUGCUGGAGACUUGCCAACUCACAUCUCGGCGACUACUCUU